GGCAGGUUAUACCAGAAAGAAGAUUUGUAGAAGCAAUAAAUCGUCAAGCAUAUCAGUAUGAAAUGGGUGACUUUCCAACAGAAUGGGAAGCAUGGAUAAGAAAAAAAAGAAAGGAUCCACCCACUAUUGAGGAGAUUCUCAAGAAUGAAAAUUAUAGAGAAGAAAUGAAACAGAAAAUCAAAGAGGUAGCUGAAAAGGAUAAGCUGCUUCAGGCCAAGGAAUACAAGGAGGGACUUGUUGCUGAACCUGUUCGUACUCAUGUUAAAGGCCACGCAUCAGCCCCUUACUAUGGAAAGGAGGAGCCUUCGCAAGAUCCAACAAGCACUGCGAGUACCUUUCAGCCAGGCUCCUGGAUGCCACCAGGCAGCAGUAGUAGUCGUAAUAAAUAAACAAUUGUAAUGUACAGAUAUUGCUAAUGGAUAAAUAUUUUAACAGGCAACAUAAACAGCUGUUAUGUAUGAGUGAGUGUGCAAUAAAGUGAUAUUAAA